UUAGCUCCACCACAGGACACCACACAAACAAAAGGGUUGGACGUCACAAUAACAUCAGAGCGACCAUUUUGUCUUAGCGAGAGACAUUCUAUCCUUCAAACUACUUGUUGACGUUGUAUCUCGGUGUAAGACCGCGUACUUUAGUGACUGAAACAUGAAGACUACACCUAUGGCCCUACUGCUGCUCCUGGCUCUUCUGUUGGUGUUUGUGGAAGCAGGGGAGGGCAUACAAACUGACUUGUUAAAAUCAUGGAAAGACUUGGAAAUGCUGAAAAAUAUUGCAAGUGGCGACAAGACACUGUACGCUGAUGCUGGCUUUCAAAAAGAAGCGGGAGAAACUUUAGACAGAAUCAGACGUGCGGUAAAAGACAUGACACCUGCCGAGCGACAAAACAUGCGCCUUAGCGUAGCCAAGCACAUCGGACCACAAGGAGCUCAGAAUAUCUUAAACUUCUCUAAGAUGCUGAAGCGAUUGAAAUCAGAUUUUCUAACACAAAUGUCAUCGCUUUGAUAUAUUCAAAGUUUCUUCUGGCGUCCCACUUUUGAGCAACUGUAUUUUGCUAGUUCAGAUAUAGGAAAGUCGGUACAUUGGGUUGCAGUGCAUGUGGCGUGGCAGCUUCAGUGAACAGUAAAUAAAUAUUUGAAAUUUUUCUAAAUACGUAAAGAGUUAUUAAAGAAUAUUGUAACUUAAAGACUAUAUUUGUAUGUAUUCCUGUCCUGGUGUUCCCAUGGUAUUGGCAUGUUUAAUCCUGCAAUCUGAUUGGUUAAUA